GGAGAGACACGGGCGCGGCCAUAUUGAUUAAUCUCGUUUUCGCGUAUAGAGUGGUUUUUCUCCUUGCUAGAAACGGUCGUCAGAAUCAGAGGUGUCCCAGAGCCCCCGGUUACAGAGAGUGCGUGUGCAGCUAGCUAAGCUCCUAGAGAUAGCCGUAGCAGAAGCCAGUUCCAGGCAAGAAGUUCUAGUAAAGCGUUUGCGGUACCCAUUCCGUUUCCUGUGUCCGUGCCGGAAGUGCCGUGUCAGUAAAGAAGGUUCUUUGAGGGUGCGCCCCGCGCGAGUUCCGUUUCGUUCAGUUUUCUCUUCGCGCGUUCAUUUUGUUCGGCGUUUCUAUCGCCAGGAGGUUGUGAACGGAAGAGAAAAAAAACUAGUGUGUUCAGUGCAGCUCCCGAAGAACGGAAUAAAAAAAGUCGGAAAACCUGUAAGGAUCAGUACGGUGUGUUUUGUAGGUGAAGUACAAUAUCCACAGGCGCGCACAUAUAGUGUACCCAUUUUUAGUGAGGACCUAGCCGGAAACAAAAAUUACCCAAGAUGUCGGAACGCGAGAAUAAUAUCUACAAGGCCAAAUUGGCAGAACAGGCGGAACGAUAUGACGAAAUGGUCGAGGCAAUGAAGAAAGUCGCCUCCCUGGACGUAGAACUCACAGUCGAAGAGCGAAAUCUGCUGUCAGUUGCCUACAAGAACGUUAUCGGCGCACGGCGUGCAUCGUGGCGGAUAAUUUCCUCGAUCGAGCAGAAGGAAGAAAACAAGGGCGUCGAGGAGAAGUUGGAAAUGAUCAAGAACUACCGCUCCCAAGUGGAGAAGGAACUGCGCGACAUCUGCUCCGACAUCCUGGAAGUGCUCGAUAAGCAUCUGAUCCCGUGCGCGACGACCGGCGAGAGCAAAGUGUUCUACUACAAAAUGAAGGGAGAUUAUCACCGCUAUCUGGCCGAAUUCGCCACCGGUGGUGACCGCAAGGAUGCUGCGGAAAAUUCGCUGGUCGCAUACAAAGCCGCCAGUGACAUCGCUAUGACUGACCUUCCACCGACGCACCCGAUCCGGUUGGGACUGGCACUCAACUUUUCAGUAUUCUACUACGAAAUCCUGAACUCGCCGGAUCGUGCCUGCCGCCUAGCGAAAGCAGCAUUCGACGAUGCCAUCGCCGAGCUCGACACCCUCAGCGAGGAAAGCUAUAAAGAUUCUACGUUAAUCAUGCAGUUGCUGCGAGACAACCUUACAUUAUGGACAUCCGAUAUGCAGGGUGACGGCGACGGCGAGCAAAAGGAACAAAUUCAGGACGUCGAAGAUCAGGACGUGUCGUAAUUUGUUACGCGGCUCGUUUUAUGUGUGAAUUUAUUUUAUUAAUUAAAGAAGAUAAGGUUAAGCAUUAUUAAAUAAGCUAUACAUAAGACAGCAACAAAACAACAACAAAGAAAAAAGAAGAAAAAACAACUGCAUUACACGACAGAUGAAAACUACUGAACACUGAGCAGACAACAUACAAACUCAUGAAAAACAAACGCGGAAACACAGCAGAAAACCGAAGAGUACGAGAUUGAAAAUGAAAUUGCUGGAAGGUCGCACAUUUCACAUUUCACGAUUAUUGAAUUCAUGUAACAGGAGAAUUAAGAGAACCCAAGAGUCGUCGAGGCGUGAAAAAGAAAACCAGAAUGAAAACAAUUAAACUACGGAAAAAGAACAUAAUAAAAACGGAUACUAUCUGAGUCCUCUUGGCAGUAUAAGAAAUUUAAAGAACGCAGUAUCAACCAACACACUUAGACUUACACAAACACACACACACAUACAUAGACAAACAUGCACACUCAUCUUCACACUCGCAGACACGACACGAACACAUAAAUACUUAUUACUAUUACAUCAAAAAACAGCGUAUUAGAGCAUAUUGAUUACUACAACUACUACUAGUAAAAAGCUAAUGAAAAAAAUCAGCUGAGUGGUGUAAAAAGAGAAAAAAAAAUCAUCAUCCAUUAAAUGUGUAUUGUUUUUGUCAAUAUAUAUUAAUAAAAAAAAUAAAGAAAUAACAAAAAGUACGAAAAAACUUGAAAUUCAGCUGGAAAGCAUAAAAAAGAGAGAAAGAGCAGCAAAGACCAUGCACCCACCCGCGCAAGUAGGAGGAUAGGAAAGGAUUCAAUCGUGACAAGCUGACAGCCGUGGGAGGAGGGGGUCAGCAAGGAUAGGCGCAGGCAGGCAUGCAGGAAAAAGAUUAACGUCAAUCUCGUGCGGGUUUUUAGUUUCUUCCUCCCAUCAUCAUCCUCGAUUCGAUCCGAGCUUGCGCCGAGACUUUGCCUUGUUUUGUCGGAAGCAGUGAAGAAGAAAAAAAGGUAAAAGAACAUUCCCAAUUUUUUGCGUGCAGAAUAGCGAAAAUAGCGCGGCCGCGGGGGAGACAUUCGUAAGAGACUUGUUCGCUAUAUUUUUGUCAGUAUUCCAGUUAUAUUCUCUGAAGAGUAUUCUAUGCGUGGAACGCAAAUUCCACAAGUCUCCCGGUGGGGUUUUACCUAACCGCCGCCAAAAAAUGCGCCCGAUGAAUUGUUGGCUCUUUUGCUCUUCUCUUUUUUUUUUCUCGGAUGGGUUUGAACGCGAAAUUCCUUUGACUUACAUGCGCUACCAAGUAAGAAUUCCCCCCAGAUCUUUCGCUGGAUUUGGGAAAAUGCGCUAGCAAAGGUAAUCGAUUUAUGGUGAAUUAGCAGUAAUACUAUUACUAGGUGUAAAGAAUUCAAUUCGAAGAUAAUACAGUAUAUGCUGAAACCGAGAUUCUCGUGCGCAGCAAUUAUGGCAGCGUGUAACCAAGUGACAAGUUUUUCAUUGAUUAUUCCAACUAGAAAUCCAUGGUUUUAAUUAUUAGGUCGUCGUACAGCACUACUGUUCUGUUUUGUGCAGCUAACUUGCUUUCAGUAGGAAAUUCCGUUGAUCAGCAUUAUCCAACUUACAAUCCCAUCAACAAAUCAUAUUUGUUGAUGGAAAAUGCGAAACAGAAACUAUAAAGCAGGGAAAUGAGUGUUUGAAGGUUGGCCAUUUAAUGCAGGGAUUUUCUAUCGUUAACACCCGUCAACAUCCAAACGCGGUAAAAAGGAGCACAAACUUUCAUAACAACCUGAAACAAAGAUCUAGUGAAACUCCCUGCCUAUGCUAGCCAAUUUUUUUCGAGAAUAAUAAUAUUAGAAUCAUGAAAAAGCGCGUACGAAUUUUCUACUAACUGAGCAGCAAACCAACAACAAAAAAAAUACAAGAUGAUACGGUUUUUCGAAAACGAGUAGUAGCCUAUAAUAAAUAAUGGAAACAAAGUCAUUGCAUUUAUGGACCCACAUACAGCCUCUCGUUGAUGAUUUGAGGAAAGAAAAGAAAUUAAAUCAUAAAUUACACACCAACUGAUGACGCAGUAGAGGUCAGAGUUAAUAGAGACACAUACUACACCCACAUCUAAGGAAAAAAGCUAUGUUUUAAUCAGCAAAAAUCGAAAUCGUGAAAUAAAUAAAACGUUUCUAGUAGUAGCUAAUGAAAGCAGCUCUUUAAUUGCAACUAACUCUGCAUUUACGUGUGUUUUCCUCAGUCAUAGCCUACCUUGAUGUCCCCAGAAGUCUUUCAGCUACGUUCUCCGUUUGUUUUAUUCCAAACCACACUUCAAUUGAUUAAUUAUUUCCAAACAGUGAAAUAUCCGACGCGCAUCAAUUUCCGAAUUAUAUUUAAGGCGGUAAAUAAACAGAAUAAUAAUUACUAAAGAAAACAAAAAAAAACCUAUUGAUUAUUAUGAGUAGAGGUAUAAAUUAAAAGGUAAAUUAAUUGAAUAGAACCAUGCAAAACUACUUAAAACACUAAUUAUCAACGCAAGCAGGCGCCUGAACCCAGAUUCCACAGAGAAAAACAAAAGAUCACGUACAAACAGAUAAAACUUCCACAGAACGAAAUCUCGACUUUUUUUUCCUUAAUUCUUCUCGUUUAUUUUACAACCGUUGUGACUUAGAAAACUCACUCGACUAGGAAAAUCCCACAACUGUCUCCCCAAGUUUCAAGUUUUGAGCUAGCAAACAAAAUCAAUGAGUAACUUUUGUUUCCUCUCGAACGUUCAAUUAGCUUAUCUUCUUUUGCGGACGUUACUGCAAAAAUCGCGCCGAAAAAUUUGUCUAUCAAACCGAAAACAUGCGACAUCAAAAACAUAAACAAUACAAGGUUUUAUUUUGUUUUAUAAGUUUUAUAAUGGCAAACAACAGCCGAACAGGUUGAUAAUCGACCGAAAAUAAUUCAUACACACAAACAUGGCAGAAAAAAAUGAAAACAAAUGAAUGAUAAUAGAAAGCAAAGAAAAAACAUAACACGAGACGCAUGAAACAUGAAGAAAUAAACAGCAUUCUCAUUCUAAUGCAUAAGAUAAAUAAAUGAAACAAAACAUAAGAAAGCCACACAACACAACAACUAUAAACAAGUGACGGAAAAUAUGCAAAACAAUAGUGAAUAAUAUUAACGAAGAAAAUCCAUCAAGCAGCAGCAACAGAAAAAAUGGAAAAA